GGCCGCAGGCAGUCAGUGUCACCGCGCCGCCGACGCCGCCGCCGACCGCGCCGUCACCCUACACAUACACUUUUCCGGUUCAAAACACGUGCAUUAUCAAUCUCCAAGAUCUAUUCUCGUGCGAUUAAUCAAAACAUCUUGCCAAUACUUCUCCCAAAAAAUUAGUUAUUCUAAUUAUUAUCUUCUUGAAGUUUUCAGUUUUUAUUUUCGGUAUAAGUUAAACCAUUUAAAAGUGUUUUUUAAGUUUAUUGUUUUUACCUGGAUUUUUAUUUCUGGAUUCUUAAUUUGUGUUGUUAACUGGUCUCCCUGAGCGGACCAGUUAAGAAAUAGAGACGUCAGUUGUAAAUGUGUGAAAGUUAAGUGUUUGACAUUUGGAAGAUCAUAUUGAAGGAUCAAGUGCAGUGUAGUGCGUUCGAGAGGAAUCAGCUGCAGGGCCCGAUGGCCGGCACGGCCCGGCCGCGCUAGAUCGAUCCCGCCACAGCGGCGCGGGUAACGUCGGUGGAGGGGGGUAAGCGCGGGGUGCGCGGCGCGGGGGGAUGCCCGUGCGCAAGGGGCUUCUCGCGCCCCAGAACACCUUCCUCGAUACCAUCGCCACUCGCUUCGAUGGCACCCACAGCAACUUCGUGCUGGGCAAUGCUCAAGUGCCAUGCUACCCGAUCGUCUACUGUUCGGACGGGUUCUGCGAGCUGACAGGGUGGGCGCGCGCGCACAUCAUGCAAAAAGGUUGCGCGUGCAAGUUUCUCCAUGGCCCCGAUACCAGAGAUGAACACCGCCACGAGAUCGACUCGGCGCUCGAAGCGAAACACGAACUGAAAUUAGAACUUAUAUUUUAUAAGAAAAAUGGAUCUCCCUUUUGGUGUCUGCUCGACAUCGUACCAAUUAAGAAUGAGAAACGAGAAGUGGUUUUAUUUCUCGCCUCCUUCAAGGAUAUCACCAACACCAAGAUGGCCGCCAUGAACACCAAUGAGAACUUCGACAGCGGAGCCGCGGUGCGGCCUUCGGCUGGCGUGGUCACUCUAGCGUUAUCCCCAUUUGUACCCGCAGCGGCACUCUUGGGCGCCCGGUUCCGCGCUGAAUCUAGUUGCCUACUUCCAGACCCGAAUGGCAAUCUUGACCCCGAAGCGCCGUCGCCCGCGAACAUGGGCAGGCGACGCUCUAGGGCAGUUCUAUACCAGCUUUCAGGACAUUAUAAACCGGACAAAAUGAAGACUAAAUUAAAACUCAACAAUGUUAGUAAGAAUCUAUUACACUCAUCGGACCCUCCGUUGCCUGAAUAUAAAACGUCAGCAUUAAAAAAGUCUAGAUUUAUAAUAUCACACUACGGGGUGUUCAAAACAUUUUGGGAUUGGCUCAUUCUAAUAGCCACGUUCUAUGUGGCUGUAGUGGUUCCCUACAAUGCCAGUUUCGUUGAUGAAGGACACCCCAGGAUAAGCGUAACGAGUGAUGUCGUGGUAGAAGCGCUCUUCAUUAUCGAUAUAGUGCUCAAUUUCCGGACGACAUUCGUAAGUAAGAAAGGAGAAGUAGUCUCCGAUUCUAAGGCGAUAGCCCUUAAUUACAUCCGGAGCUGGUUUGUGGUGGAUCUCCUGGCGGCGCUCCCGUUUGACCUACUUUACGCGUCCGACGUAUACAGCGGGGCGGAGUCGACACACGGUAACGUGCAUUUAGUAAAAUUAACAAGACUGCUGCGCCUCGCCCGGCUGCUACAGAAGAUGGAUCGAUACUCGCAGUACUCCGCUUUGAUACUGACGUUACUAAUGCUCUCUUUCACUUUGCUGGCUCACUGGCUUGCCUGCAUUUGGUUCAUUAUAGCCGACAAAGAGAUUGAAAUUCACAAGAACGAAAGUUGGGACCUAGGAUGGAUAAACAAUCUGGCGGAGAGGCUGAAGGUGCCGAUCCCAAACAUCUCGCACAGUGAGAGUUAUGUGACGGCGCUGUACUUCACGUGCUCCUCUCUCACCAGCGUGGGCUUCGGCAACGUGUCGGCCAACACUCUCGCCGAGAAAAUCUUCAGCAUCAUAACUAUGCUGAUUGGAGCACUGAUGCACGCCGUAGUAUUCGGAAACGUGACGGCUAUCAUACAGCGAAUGUACUCGCGCCGGUCCAUGUAUCAAAGCAAGUGGCGCGAUCUCAAAGACUUUCUAAGCAUAAACCAAGUGCCCAAAGAGUUGAAGCAACGGAUGCAAGAUUACUUCCAGACUAUGUGGUCGUUAAACCACGGCAUCGAUAUUCACGAGACUCUCAAAGAAUUUCCUGAAGAGCUGAGGGGUGACGUGUCGCUACAUUUACACCGUGAGAUAUUAUCCCUUCCGAUAUUCGAAUCAGCGUCGCAAGGCUGUCUCAAGUUGCUGUCUCUUCACAUUCGAAACAACUUUUGCGCCCCCGGCGAGUAUCUCGUCCACAAAGGGGACGCGCUGACGUAUAUCUACUACAUAUGCAACGGGUCCAUGGAAGUAAUGCAAAACGACAUGGUCGUCGCUAUUCUGGGCAAAGGAGAUUUGGUUGGAUGUGAUAUGAAUACCCAUUUGCAAGCUUACAACGGUUCUGGCUCAGCCCACCCGCAGGGGAAUAAUCCUGAUGUUGUGGUGAAAUCGAGCAGCGAUGUUAAGGCUUUGACCUACUGUGAUCUAAAAUGCAUCCAUAUGGGUGGCUUGGCAGAAGCUUUGCGUCUGUACCCUGAGUACCAGCAAGAGUUUAUCCACGAUAUCCAACAUGAUCUGACUUACAACUUACGAGAAGGCUACGAGGCUGAAGCAGAGUCAGACGGGAACGGUCAUCCGUCGCUCACACUGCCUUCAAUAUCAGAGGAUGAUGAAAACGCAGCCGAAGACACAGCACUCACUCCCAAAAAACUACCCGGGUCUAACACGAAUAGCCCGCGCCAUACUAAAUUCAGGACGGAUGGGCAGCCACGGUUGUCUCACAGAGAAUUACGUGAAAGGAUAGAAAGGCAGCGUUCUAUAGCGACGCCAAAAAUUUCGAGAGCUGAUUCUUUGGAGGGACUUAAUUUAGAAGUGCAUAACACAAGGUCAUCUGUCGACAGACUUGACACACAGGUGUCGAGCUUGCAUCAUGACGUGGCCGCGCUAAGCAUGGAGGUUCGCCACGCCAUCCAAGCGCUGCAGGAGAUGACGGCCCCGACCGGGUGGCACGCAGCACAUUCCAAUCCUAAUCUUCAGUGGAACGCUCCACCUAACCAGCUCGCUCGAAGCUGUAGCCAUCCUCCUGACGUAUUCUGUUGGGAUCAGCAGCAAGAGCGACCGCUAACCCCAGAGCGCCCGAAAGCUCACAAGUGUACACAAACUGAGCCAUUCCUACACCUCAUAACACAGUACAUUAUGGAGCACCCAGCCACCGUGAUGCUGCUGCUCGGCAUAGACCCGAUGGCGAACCUUGCCCCAGUAAUGCCUGGCACCGUCGACUACUACGCAGACACGCGGGGCCGAAGACCCAGCACGCUGGAGCAGAUCGUUGAAACUGAAACCGGGAGCCAGACCCCCUCAAGCACAACUAGCGAGAAAUACGAGCCGAUCAGGAGUCCUACAGAGAGUGUGAGAGACCUCGAAGUUCAAAUAGAAAAUGAAGUGCAGAAACCUCCUGAGAAAGAACAGAAGAGUGCUAGUUUGAGGCGCAGCAGGUACUCGGCGAGCGACCUAUGCGAGGCGUCGGAGCGCCUGCUGGCCACGCGCUCCACGCACCCCAGCACGCGCAGCCUCAAGUUCAACAUCAACAGCUAAGUUAAUUAUUCCAUUUCGUGUUAAUAUAUGCUCAUUAGUAUUUAGACUUCCAAUAAUAAAUGCCAUUAGUUUAAUUGUAAAUUUGGUUACCUUAAAUUCUACUUUAUAAGUGUAUUUUGUUUAUUGUUUUAGAUAAAUCUUACCUACUAUUGCAAUUUUUAUCAGUACUUCUCAAUCAACGAAAUCUAUCUAUAUCAUUACGAAUAUUUUCUAGUUAGUAUGUAUAAGUGAAAAGUACAUACUUAACGAUUGUACAUAUCAAGUUUAUGAGAAGUUUUAUUUUUAGCUUAGACUAUAAAAAACCCUUUUUCUAGUCACCAUUUAGUCUUAAUGAAAGAGAGAGACGUUGGGAAGAAUUUCUAAUUUAACAGUAACAUUAAAAUGUUAGCAGGCUUUAAUGUUCAAAAUUAUGGCAGUCUGAAGACUUUUGAUAAAUGGAUACCAUAAUUUACGAAUAUUACAAAAUUACACUCCUGCAGAGAUUGGGUCAUCACUUGUAAUAACAAAAGUAUGAAGUGUCAAAAACAGGCAAUCCUUGGAGCAAGUUCUUUGUAAAAUAUUUAAAGACGUGUAUGUCUCACACCUAUCCAUGUAUAUUUUCUAAGAAACUUUUCUCUAUUUAUAAAACAUUUUCAUAAGAUGCCGAUAAUUCGGUAUGUUUAUGUAAGACAAUACUAAACAUAAUUCAUCUUCGUACCAAAUCUCCCUCUGAUCUCAAAAUACAUUUUAUAUCUAUUUAUAGAAACACGACGUGGUCUUCCUUUGAAGUUAUUAGUAACCAGUAAACUAACUCUUUGGUGUGUAUCACGAGUUAGAUAACUGGGCCUUGUCGAAACUGUCCGUUCGACUUCAACUUUGUGCCAAAAUUCUUAAAUAUUCCCGACUAUGUCAAGAGUUUGAAUAACAAUGUCUAUUCUCAAGUACAGCUAAUUAUUGCUAUUUAGUUUAUUAAGUACAUAGUAGUAAAAAAUAUUGUCCAUAGGACAUUUUGAACCCUCUCCAGUGUGACCAAAUUAGCGUGUUAAGAUUUUUUUUUUGUACUUUUAAGUAGUACUCAAAAUCUUUGGCGAAUCGCAACUGUGAGAUACUUUCCGAAGGCACUGACUUUUAACGCAUAUUUUAACAAGGUUGACUGAUGACAUUUUUUACCUGCUUUAAAUCGAAGUUAUUUUAUAACCGCCUUGCUAAAUCACUACAAAAGUUGAAAUAUCUUUGUAAAUAACAAUUAUGUGACAAGACUAUUAGACUUUUCCAUCCGAUAUUUUUUUGUUUACAACGAUAUUCCACGAACUUAUCACAGUUAUUAACCUUACAUUAUGAUAGACAAACAACAAUAAAAAUAAGAAAGAAAUUUGAUAUUACAAAGAUUACAGCUAAUUAAUUUGAAAUCCAAUAACGGUAAAUGUUGUAUAAAUAUUGUCUGAAACUGUUUGUAAGCAAUAUACCUAGUAGUUUUAGAUUUACUUAAUUUAUGUUCCAAGCAUAUUUCUAUAUAUUUAAGUAGAUAGAGAUUGUUAGAUAAACGUUUUUGCCUCAUAAUAAUUCAUUAUUGGUAUAAACUUUAAUGAAUUCUGCAACAUUUAACUUUUAGGCAUUUGUUUUGACUUCGGGUGUAGUGAGAGUAACAGAGUUAUUUAUGGUCCUACAAGAGUAGGGCCGAAACACUAUAUAUUUAUUAUUAAAUAAAUGUAAAUUCUAGUAGAGAAAAGGAAUUCAGAAAUUAUCUUUGAUAAUAAUUGUUAUAAGAACGGAAACGCUUACUAGAAUAAUAAAUGUGGUGUACGUUGUAUAGAACCCAUGAAUGUGAUAUGAUGUUAAACACGUGCAGUGCCUAAAAUCUCAUUUAUUUAUUUAUUUAAUUCUGUAUCUUUUAUUAAAAUCUAAACUAUUUUACUAAACGUUAUGAUUACGCAUACGUUUUUAACAUAUUUUGUACAUAUUGAAACUUAAUCUUGUAGUACAAAGUAUUAGUUACCAUAAAGUUUAAUAAAGACAAUUUGAUGUUGAA